AUGGCAUCGACAUCGGCAUAUCAUAGCGCAUCGCGCUCAACACGCGACCAUUUCAUCGAGCCCCCUUCGCUCCUAUCGCGCAUCAUCAUGGCCCUCCCUUCUGGGCUCUCAGUCCAGAUCCAGCGGUUAUGGGAUCGCAAUUUCCAGUCUGCUUAUACGGUAUCGACACGCCAGUCUCGCAUAUCGCGGCCCCUACGACGGUGGUAUUGGCCGCGCAGUUUGCUGAAUCUUCCGCAUUUGCUGGUAGCUGUCUGGUUUUUGACGCUGCUAUGGGGCGAAAGAUGGGUAUUUCAGAGCAGUAUCGAGGCGUGUGACUGGAGGAAGUGGGAGAGAUGGCUAAUCGAUCCGCAUUCGUAUCCCGGCCGGCCAUGGCCGCUGGACACCUUCACGAUUUUACAUACGGAUAAUUACCUCAAGCGGAGUUAUAUCUCGCUACAGAAGAAGUUGCAUCCAGAUACCAUUUUCUUCUUGGGGGAUCUGUUCGACGGGGGCAGAGAAUGGAAGACUGCGAAGGGAAAUACAAAGGAUGCAGAUUGGGCGAAUGGCCUACGACCUUCCGGAGAGCAGGCCUUUGUUGAAACAUGGGGAAAGCGAUACGGAGAAGAUUUCUGGUUGCACGAGUACGGGAGGUUUGGGAAUAUCUUCUUGAAGUACUGGAACCUGGGAGGGGAUAAGCCUGGGCCGGGCCAGCCUGCGAGAAGGAUUAUCGCGAGUUUACCGGGGAACCAUGAUCUAGGGUUUGGGGAUCAAAUCAAAAUCCCCAUCCGGAAUCGAUUCGAGGUGUAUUUUGGCGAGGGAAACAGAGUCGAUGUUAUUGCCAACCACACAUUUGUUUCUGUGGACUCGGUAUCUCUGAGUGCUGGAGAGUCGGAGCACGAUACUACGGAGAUCACCAAACCAGUGGAGAAAUUUCUUUCAGAAGUCCAAGUCACUAAACGGAAAGCCGUUGCAAGGGAACUGGAUCGGCAAGCUGGCCAUGAAAGAACGCUACAAUACAAGCACAAGGUGGAGGAACCGGACGCAGUCGACUAUAAGAAAUUGCGGACCCUCGAUCCUGGCCCAAAUGGCGCCGACUUCCCCACGAUUCUCCUCACACACGUCCCCCUUUAUCGAAGCCCAGGAACCCCGUGUGGCCCACAGAGAGAGCAUUGGCCGCCCACAACGCCGCCAAAAGGCCAAACCAGUCCUGUCAAUCCAGAUGAGAGAAAUGCCAUCUCCAUCUCCAAGGGCUACCAAUACCAAAACGUUCUGAGCGAAGCCGACUCGGUGAGGGUAAUAUCCGCUAUCGGCAACGUAGGAUCCGUAUUUUCUGGCGACGACCAUGAUUAUUGCGAGAUCGUGCACCCAGAAAAUAAGAACCAUGCCCGGGAAAUCACCGUCAAAAGUAUGAACUGGGCCAUGGGCAUCCGUAAACCAGGAUUCGUCAUGCUCAGCAUGUGGAACCCCGUAGGACCUGAUGGACGGCCUCUACACUCAUCACCGUCGGGCCACGGAUCUGCAGCAACAACAACAGAAAGCCACCUCUGUCUCCUCCCCGACCAAUUGGGGAUACUCAUCCGCUACGUAUAUCUAAUCGUCAUUUCGCUCCUCGCCCUCACCAUCCGCGCAAUCCUCACCCCAAUGUUCAAACUUACCCCCUUCUCCGCCCACCGAGUCCCCUCUGAAGAUAUGUCCCUCCUCCCCACAACCGCCAAAGACUCCAAACGCCGCGAAGCCCAAGACCGAGACGGUGAUCACGACCCCUACCGCUCGUCCAACUCCUCGACCUCCUCAACAGCCUCCACCACCCUCGCUCCCCGUACCGUCACUCGAACAAGGAGUUUCGUUUCGCGACCCCACCCCUCCUCAACCAAGCAAACAGCUAUGGCAAUUCAAAUGGAGGAGCCAAACUCGAUGACGACUACUUCUCAUACAGCGGCCGCAAAAGCACAGCAUAUGACGAAGUUGGCUUCGGAAAGACUAGGAAACCAGAUACAGUUCUAA